GCCCGAGUUUCUCAGCUGGAUCCGGCUCCUCUACAAGAAGCCCGUGGUGCACCUGCUGUUCAACGGCCCGCUUGGCCCGCUGCCACUCGGCGCGAUGCUGCGUGCGCGUCCUAACCUCAGCAACCCGCUUAAGGACAAGCGUGACGCACUUGUCGCGCCAUCGCUGGCGUGCCCGACAGCAACGUCGAGUCGACAGCAAAAAAAAACAGCCGUGAGCACCUAG